AUGAAGUCCUUACCACUUCUCAUAAUGAUGAUCAUCACCACACCUCUGAUGGCCAAUGGCUUUGACUUAUCAGAUGUGAUCAAACCGUUCACUACCACCCUAUGCACCGCAAUGUCGGCGCCCGCUAUCCCGAAGUGUGUCCAGAGGUUCACUCAAGAGCUCAAAGACUCCCGCAAUCAGGUCCUCAAGAGCUACGAGACUCGUGGCUAUUGCUGUGCUUUCAAUGACCUGAAGGACUGUAUCGUUGAACACGUGGGCGACAAAUGCGGUCACACGAAGACCAUCAGACAAUUGGUGGCGCCGUUUGUCGAGACACUCAAAGACAUAUCCACGCCGUCCGGUGAUUGCGAUGACUUCGACGGCUUCAGAGGCACUGUGUUGUGUCAGCCGGAUUGGCUGUUGAUUGUGGAGGCGAUCGGUGUUGUGAUACUACUCCUGAUGUCGGUGUCGGCGGUGAUCCGGUGCUGCUGUUGUGGAUCAAGAGGUGGUGUCCGACCCUAUCCGAUGCAGUCGUUUGUCAACCCGAUUGCUGGUAAUAACUACAGACCGGACUGUAUCGUUGAACACGUGGGCGACAAAUGCGGCAACACUCAGAUAAGACAACUGGCCGACCAUUACGUUAAGACGGCCAUAAGGAUAGGAUACCCAUGGGGUUAUUGCGAUGCCUACCGGGGCUUUGGGGGUACCGUACUGUGUCAGCAGGGUAUCGGACAUCUUAGGAUCCAUUGA